GACGCUCGGGAAGUGGGCUGCUCUCCGAGGAGGAAGCGCUGCUACUGCCUCGCAACAGGAAAUUGGGACAGGCCUGACGCUGGGGGCAAGAGCGUCGAGUUCCGCCUUUGUUUUGGGUCUCCAGGCUACCCGUCAGCAGCCAUGUCCAUCAUCGUGCCCUUCGAUUACGGCGAUUACUUGGACGCGGCCAACACCUCGCUCGGCCCGGGGAGCAACCUUUCCGUGUGGGUGGCCGACCCCGACACGCUUUCCUGCCGAGCGCGUCCGCCGGGUCGGGUCAUGUCGGCGGCGCUGUGCGUGCUGCUGGCCGCCGUCUUCCUGUUGGCCGUCCCCGGAAAUCUACUGGUGGCGCUGGUGAUGGCGCGGGGCCGGGGCUCGCUGACCUCCUCCGACGUGUUCCUCUUCCACCUGACGGCGGCCGACGGCCUGAUGGCACUGACCGUCCCCUUCUGGGCAGCGGCGGCGGCGGCGGCCGACGGCUGGAUCUUCGGCGACGGCGCCUGCAAAGCGCUCAGCCUGAUCUUCGAAGCCAACUUCUACACCAGCGUGCUGUUCCUGGCCUGCAUCAGCGUCGACCGUUACCUGGUCAUCGUGCGGGCCGAGCGGGCGGCGGGGCGCUCGCGGAGGAGGUGCGGCCGGCUGGCGUGCGGCGCCGUGUGGGCGCUGGGCGCCGUCCUGGCGCUGCCGGCGCUCUUCAAUGAGGCGGCUGGGCCCGACCCGCGCCGGACGGUCUGCGCCGAGAGCUUUGACGUGGGCAGCGCCUCGGCCUGGAGGGUGGCCACGCGCACCCUGCGCCACCUUUUGGGCUUCCUGCUGCCGCUGGGCGUCAUGCUGGCCUGCUACGGCGUGACGGUGGCGCGGCUGCUGCGCACGCGGGGCUUCCACAAGCACCGCGCUAUGCGGGUCAUCACGGCCGUGGUGGCGGCCUUCCUGCUGUGCUGGACGCCGUACCACCUGGCCAUGAUGGCUGACACGCUGCUGAGAGCCCACCCGGCGGCCUUCGACUGCGGGGUGCGACGUUCGGUCAGCGCCGCGCUGGUCCUCAGCAACGGCCUGGCGCUGCUGCACUGCGCCAUCAACCCGCUCCUCUAUGCCUUUGUGGGCGAGAGGUUCCGCCGGAACGCCAAAGCGCUUCUUUGCGCCAAGGCCCGACAAGAGCGCCCAUCGGGCUCCAAGUUCAGCAGGUCCACGUCGCAGAUGUCAGAGGGGCAGGGCGCCGUGGCGUGAAAGGAAAUGGUCUCGGCAAUAAAACCAUGGAUCCCA